AAUCACAUAUGCAUGAGUAGGCCUUGGCAUUUCUCCUAUAACUGCGUUGCAUUUCCAGUAUAUUGGCCCCGCCUUGUCUCUCAAAAACCAAAUCCAUUUACUAACUCUCUAAAAUGUCCCUAAGAUCUCUCACCUCUAAACCCAAAACCCUUCACUGUAUCUUCCACUCUCUUCUCUCACCCUCCAAACCCAACACUCAUUACAAUCCCUUCUCUUCUCUCACUUACCAAAACCCACCACCUCCACCAUCACCACACCUGGUGAAUGAGAUCUCACGCAUUCUCAGCGACCACAGAAACCCUCACCACGACUUGGAGCAUUCCCUCAACCCUUUGUGUACCCAAAUAUCCACAAACUUGGUUGAACAAGUUCUAAAACGGUGCAAAAAUCUUGGCCUCCCUGCCCACAGGUUCUUUCUCUGGGCUAAAACAAUUCCGGGGUUUCAGCACAGUUUUGAAAGCUAUCACAUUUUGAUUGAGAUUUUAGGAAGUAGCAAGCAAUAUGCUGUGUUGUGGGAUUUUCUUAUAGAAGUGAGAGAGUCCAAGUGUUUUGAGAUUGUCCCAGAAGUUUUCUGGCUUAUUUUUAGAGUUUACAGUAGAGCUAAUUUGCCUCGUGAUGCUAUUCGAGCUUUUAAUAGAAUGGUUGAGUUUGGAAUUAAGCCUAGUGUUCAUGAUCUUGAUCAGCUUAUGUAUACAUUAUGUAAAAGAAAGCAUGUAAAGUAUGCCCAUGAGUUUUUUGAUAAAGUUAAGAGUGGGUUUGAGUUGAAUGCUAGGAUUUAUAGUAUUUUGAUGAGGGGUUGGGGAGACAUUGGUGAUUCGGAUGAAGCACGUAAGUUGUUUGAUGAAAUGACUGAACGAGGAUGUUUGGUGGAUGUGCCUGCAUAUAAUAGUUAUUUGGAAGCUUUGUGUAAAGGUGGGAAAGUUGAUGAGGCCUAUAAGAUAUUCCGGGAGAUGGGGUCAAAUGGAACUGACCCGGAUGCUUGUACUUAUUCGAUUUUCAUUCGUGCAUAUUGUGAAGCCAAUGACAUUCAUUCAGUUUUUAGGGUGCUUGACAGGAUGAAGAGAUAUAAUCUUUUGCCUAAUGUGUAUUCUUACAAUUGUAUUAUCAAGAAACUGUGUAAGAAUGACAAGGUGGAAGAGGCUUACCAACUUUUGGAUGAGAUGAUUGAGAGUGGAGUUAUGCCGGAUGCGUGGAGUUACAAUGCAAUCCAAGCUUAUCAUUGUGAUCAUUGCGAGGUUAACAGGGCUCUUAGGUUGUUAUAUAGAAUGAAAAAAUAUAACUGCAAGCCAGAUAGACAUACUUAUAAUAUGGUGCUAAAGUUGUUGAUUAGGAUAGGAAGAUUUGAUCGGGCAACGGAAGUUUGGGAGAGUAUGGGGGAGAUGGGAUUUUAUCCUUCUGUUUCAACAUAUUCCGUAAUGAUCCACGGUUUGUGCAAGAAAAAACAUAAGCUAGAGGAGGCUUGUAAAUACUUUGAGAUAAUGAUCGAUGAAGGUAUACCACCAUACUCUUCUACAGUUGAGAUGUUGAGGAACCGGCUCAGGGGCUUAGGGUUCCUCGAGCAUACUGAGAUACUUGCAAGUAAGAUGGAACAAAGCACUUCUUGUUCAAUACUAGAGAUGGCAAACUUGAUGAGAGGUGAUAAAACUUGUGUAACAUCUAGAAGUGAGCAUACUGACAAUGAAAGUGAUUGAUAAACCGAAGGCUGCGAAUCUGGGGCUAGCUCGCAGGGUCUGCAUGAAGCAGUUACCCGAGUCUGAAGAGAGCUCUUCAGAUGAACUGUCAGAUAUUGACAUUGGCAUCAUGAUUGGAGAAAUCCUGAAAAGAUUAUGGGUUUCUAGAUGAAGGGGCCGCUGUGCAAUUGCCAAGAUAAAGGAUGAAUUGGGAAGGAGGCCA